CCAUUUACAAUAACAAAAACAAAGUGCAAUUUUCAUCGCAAAGAAAAACUAGCAAGAGUUUUUCCAGUUAAUAGAAAAGAAUUAAAAAUACUACAAAUAAAUAAAUUAAAGCAAAUAAUAACAAACUUACAUGUUAAAAAGUGUUUAUACAAAACAAAAAAUGUUAAAUAAGCUGUCCGGAUUGUGUUUUCAAUGAAAUAAACAGAAUAGAAAAAUAAUUGGCGCAAAUAACUGGGGCAGGUCACCCCUAUUUUCUUUUCUAAGGUAUUUUUGCAAUAAUUUAAAACCAAAACAAACUUCUAAUAAAAAUGGCUUUGACGGUGGUUAAAUAUCGUAAAACCGCUUCUGGCGAAACUACAGCAGCAACUCCUGCGAUAUUAAUAAAAAAUAAAUUGCCGUCAGCAUCUUCAGGAACACAAAUUAAACAAGAGUCAACGGAGGAUAAUGCAAAGAAACCCAUAAUAAAAAUUGAAGGUUCUACUGGCUUGGUUAUCAAUAAAAUACCUGCUAUUAUAAAGCCAGCCACUAUGAAACGUGUUGGUGUGGCCACGGGAGAACCCGCCUUUAAAUCUACAAAAUAUUCUUUACAAACUAUAGCCUCCACCGGCACUCCAUUGACCAGUUUUCAAUGGCAACAGACUAUAGGCAGUGCAAAUGCCGCCAAUGCUAAGAAACAACAACAACAGCAACUAGGAGCAGCCAUUAGCUCUCUACCACCCAAUACCAUUAUAAAAGCUACUUCAGCACCAAAUAAUAAUCAAAUCCUACACACCGCUAAUGGCACUUCCUCCCUAUUGUCCAAUUCUCUUAAUACAACCGCCUCCACUAUGCAAGUAAGACCACGUCCCACUAUUUUCAUUAAACGUGAAGUACCUAAACGCACCAUACGUACGGUAACCCUCGAGCUUAUCGAAAAGAAUCCCCAUAUACAUUUGGGUCUACAUAACACCCGUUUACCACUGCUUAAAAAUGUCAUUUGUACCCGGGCCAAUAUUACCCUGAUAGAUUGUUAUUUAACUCUAAAGAAAUUAAAACAGAAUGAAGAUUUCUCUUUGCUGGCGGAAUAUUUUGAAUUGACUGAAGGUGAAGUUCAGCAAAUAUUUGCCAAGACAGUGGUUAAAUUAGCUCGUUAUUUGCGUUUUCUGAUACGUUGGCCUGAUAGUAAGAAAUACUAUGAUCGACAUAAAAAUUUACCUUUUGCCUUUAGGCAAAAUCUUUCUCAUGUCCAGUCGUUGAUUGAGUGUGUGGAAACAGAUAUGCCAACUAGUCCACUGCAGAUAGAUUGUACAAAUUAUAAGUUUAUCUUGAGCAUUAAUACAAAUGGCAUAAUUUCCUAUAUAUCUGAAGCUUUCGUUGGUCACCACGACGAUUUAACCAUUUUUAAAGUGGCAAAUUUUAAAGAUGUCAUACCCAAAUAUUUGUCACUAGUAGCUGAUCCCGGUAAAGCUAUUCGUCGCAAACGUAAACCUAAAUCAACGAAAAAAAGCCAACAAACUGAUUUUCACACCAACAUCAAUAAUGGUGAAACCGACUCAACAACAGAUUCAGCCGAUGAAUCGGCCGAUGAUCUCGUACAGAGUGAUGAUACAGAAGAGGGUCGCUUAAGUAAAUACACCACAUCACGUGUGGCCGGUGAGCUGGCCUCCCAUCAAAGUUUAUCCGUGGUCAAUAGUGAAUUGACAUCGAGGCGUGUGAAAAACUUUACCAUACCCACAAUGCGUGUACGUGAUAACGUAUGUCGUUUGCAAAUACGUCACAUGAUCAAUUGUCUGCAUGAGUUUAAGAUUUUACAGCCGUUGGCCAUACAGGAGCCAUUGUUAUAUCAGUAUCUCAAUGAGAUACUAAUUGUAUGUGCUGCCUUAAUUAAUUUACAAAGAUAGAGCGUUAACAAAUGUCAACCAAAAACACAGGUAAUUGUAGUAAUUUGUUUAUAAAAUAAUUGGGUUUUUGUUUUUACUUAAAAAGAACUUAUUUAAACACUCAUUUUACUCGGUUUAUUUGCGCUUUAAAAACUUUCUUCUAUUUCCUUUAAUUGGACCAUGAUAAUUUUUUUAUUUUAGUGUCUUUUUUUCUUUGUUUUUUUUUUUCUUUGAUCCACAAUUCUCAAUUUUGUAUUAUAAAUUUUUACGGCUUUAAUUUGAUCAUACAUACAUUAUGUAAAAUAUAUCAUUUAGCUGUUUACUUAAGUUGGAAUUUUCUGUGAAAACAUAGUUUAUUCUGAAUUUAGCAAUAAAACAACAAUAAUUGUAAUAUAA